CUCCCACUGUAAACCUUAACGAGAGCAGUCAGUCUGGAUGAGCGCGAGGGAACGUGACGUUUAAAACGAUGACGUUUAAUACUCCUAUAUGACUUGCAUCACUAAUCGUUAUUAACGAUGCUUUUUGCUGCGCUCUGAACUUUCUAUCAAUAUUCGACGUGGAGACAUGGAGGCUGUGAGUACGUGGAGUCCCCAACAAGUAGUGGACUGGAUGAAAGGUCUGGACGACAGCCUGCAGCAGUACCUGCCGUCCUUCAGGUGGCAGCAGGUGGACGGCGAGAAGCUGCUCAAGAUGUCUCACCAGGAGCUGCUGGCAGCGGGCGUGGCCAAGGUCGGACACCAGGAGCUGAUGCUGGAGGCCGUGGAUCUGCUGUGUGCGCUGAACUACGGCGUGGAGUCGGACAACCUGAAGACUCUGGUGGGCAAGAUGAGGCUGGCCUAUCACAACCUGAGCAGCGCCGUGUCGCAGCGCCGCAAGAACCCCGCCUACCAGAGUAAGAGCGCCCAUCAGCCCUCCAACGACUUCCUGAGCGCCGUGGUGGAGCUCAUCGCCGCCGCCAAGAGUCUGCUGGCGUGGCUGGACAGAACUCCCCUGACGAGCAUCAGUGACUUCACCUCCACCAAGGGCAGAAUCAUUCAGCUCUGUCUGGAGCUCACCUCCACUGUCCAGAAGGAUUGCACCGUUUAUCAGAUGGAGGAGAAGAUUCUGGAAGGGUCGCGGGCUCUUAAUGCUCUCUGUGAGAAGACAGCCCAAGUAACUUCUGACCCCUCCGUGAGCGAGCUGGCGUGCAUGGAGGAGGUCCACAUCUCCAACAUCAAGCCUGGGGAGGGACUGGGCAUUUACAUCAAGUCCACCUACGAUGGCCUUCACGUCAUCACAGGAACCACAGAGAACUCUCCUGCAGAUAAAACCAAGAGGAUUCACGCCGGCGACGAGGUGGUCCAAGUCAAUCGCCAGACAGUGGUGGGCUGGCAGCUGAAGCACCUGGUGGCCCUGUUGAGGGCGGAGUCAGGCAGCGUGGUUCUGGUGCUGAAGAAGAGGCCGUCUGGAAUUGCUGGUGGCUUUGCUCCCGCUCCGCUCAAGAACCUGCGUUGGAGACCCCCCCUCGUUCAGGCAGCAGCAGGCCCCUCCAGACAUCCACAAACAUCUGACUCCUCUUCAAACGGCGGCCAGACGGCCAUCUUGGAUCUGUAUAUCCCCUCUCCCCCUGCUGCCCCGUACUUGCCGCUAGAGGUGCGUCAGGGUGGGAAGGCGAGGCCCAGCUCUCCUAACUCCUGUCUGGACGCAAACUUGCCUGUUGCCAGUGGCGACAAGGAGGCAUCCUCCGGCGUCCGCCUCCGAGAGCGCACAUGUACGCGUGGGCGAGGGCGUGCAGGUAAACCUCGACCUGUGUCCAUGCCGGUGGAGGUGCUCUCAGGCGUAUCCGACCUGUCCGGCCGGCGUGGCGCCGCAGGAAGGAAAGGACCCAAACUUCUCCACAGGUAUCUGAGCAAUGAGGGCAUCAGCGGCAUCAGCGAGGAGGAGGAGCAGUGCUUCCCGGUGCCGUACCGAGGACACCCGGCGGUCCGCGGCGUGGACCACAUCAGAGGCAGCCGCUGCUUCAUCAGCGCCGACCUGCACAGCAGCGCCACCAUCCAUUACCAGGAAAUGGCGCCCAGGAAGAGCCCCUCUGCCGGCACCUCACCCGACACUGUCACUUCUCCUCCCGCGAGCAAGCAGUCCACGUCGCUGCUUGGCGGCUGGCUGGCGCGUCUCAGGCUGCUCAGCCACUGACUGGCUUUUCACUACCUGGCUUUGAUUGACAGGUCCAAGCAGGACCAUCACAACCAAAAGUAACUUCGACUCAAAAGACUUCCUGACAUUUUUAUCGCCACAGUGCUUUGAAGACACAUGUGCAAAUAAAGUACAAAGUUUUAAUGACACAAAUGGUCAAAACACUAAAAAUGUAUUUGAAUAAGUACAGACAAGAAUGGCGUUUAUGUGCACAAAUGACCAAGUGAAUACUGAAGAUGCGUAAGGUUCAAAUUGUUGCUUGUGAUUUUGCAUCUGUGAAUAUUGCCAUUCAUGCGGGUAUUGCAGUAUUCUCAGGGCGGCGAAUGGAUGCCAACUAGCUUGCAUCCUUGCAGCCAACCAGGCUUCAUCACUUCAUGCUUCAAGACUACUAGAUAGGACAGCUCUGGUCUGAGUGGUGCAAGAGCCCAAGUGUGUAUCCUCUCAGGUAGAGAGGAUAAAUGACAGUCAUUAAAACAAAGCAGAGUGGGGCCAACGGCAGUCGUUUGGGUGGAAUCACCUUGUUAGCAUUCCAUUCAGAUGCAGCAACAGAGCUACUUUUCCUACUCGUCCACCAGGUUCCUUCUGGAACCCGAUGCUCUUGAUGACCUUUUUGAUGGUGCCCAUGCUCUUCAACUAUUUUAUAAGUUUUGUUGUUACUUAAAAUUGUGAUAACUUGAAAGUUGUUGCUACAUCCGAAUGAUCACUGAGCUUUUAUAACGUGAAAGUAAUGUAAAUAAAUGUAGUGGUUUGAGACCUGAA